AUGGGCGUGGAUAAAGCAAUCCCUCCUAUCACUCGAAUGGCCCUUGGACACAAUACAUGGGUUACAGUAUUGUGCAGAAAAUUACGUGAUUGGUGGCUUUGGGUUGCAGAAGGAGAGCUACCUAUUGUUGCAUCUCAUGGGGCUGAAGUUGAAGCAUAUAAUGCUCUAGAUCCUGCGGUUCGUGUAGUAAUAUUGAAAGCACUAUGUGAUAUUCGUGUUGAGCAAGAAGACAUCCGAAACCAUAUAGACAACUCUGUAAAGCAUGGUGUCCAUAUUUCAGCAUUUCGCAAAGAAAGAGUUGGUGGUGAUUCUCAUGGAAUCUCUUAUUGGUAUGAAGAUGAUGCUAUGGUUGGUCAUCGACUAUAUCGAGAGAUUAGAAAAGUUGAGGUGAAGAAAGGAAAGGGGAGAAACAUACCGCCCAUUCCUAAUUCAUCUUACCAGUGGGAGACAGUUGCAACUAAUUUUGAUGAAUUUCAAGAUGUGUCUGAAAAACUAUUUUCAAGUAAAAAUAGAACGGAGGCUUCUCUUGGAAAGAAGUUGAAAAACGAUAUGCUUCCUGAGAUUGAGAAAGUCCACAAGAGAAAAGAGAAGCUGCUGAAGAAGCAACACAGACAAGCUCUUAUGCUUGAUAAUAUGAUGAAUAUGGAUGGCCUUGCUGCUGGGCGUUCUCUUCGUGAUAGGAAACCUGUCACAUACACUUUUGAUGAUUAUGAUAGAUCAAUCAAUGAGGCUAUCAAGAUAACCAAGAAGCAGCAAGCUUCUUCCCCGGAGCCAACCGCCACAAGGAGAGAAGCUGGUGUCAGAGUGGAAGCUCUUACAAAUGGUAGAUGGGGUGGUCCUUCGCAACCUUUCAAUGCACUUUCUCCAAAAUCACCUGAUUAUGAUGGAUUCUAUGAUGAUAAUAGAGCAGAUCAAACGGAUCGGAGCAAUCGCCGAAGGCAGAGACCUCAGCGGUAUUCUGCACGAGAGUUCGUUGAAGCAGUUUCAGAUAAUGAAGCGGACUUUGAUAGUGAUGAUGAUAUAGUUGGUGAGGUGAUCUAUGAUGAUGAAUAUUUAAGAAGACGGAAACAAAGGAGGAAGAUAUCUAGCAGCUCAGAAGGAGAUGACGAGUACCAUUGGGAUGAUGAUAAUCCUGAAGAGGAAGAAGAGGAGGAGGAGGAGGAGGAGGACGAUGAUGAUGAUUCGCUAAGUGCAAGUGAGGAGAGUGAUGGGCCCCGAAAAUUUAAGAAAUUGCCAGGCCGCACUAGAAGGGAAACUAAACUGAGAUCAGUUGAUGAGCUCCAGUUAGGUUUACGGCGUAGUAAAAGGGCGACCAGGAACCGUAUAAAUUAUCGACAGUAUGAACUAUCAGAAUCAGAAAAUGAGUCAAUGAAACCCGGGAAGUCAAAUGUGUCGGAGCACUCAAAUGACAGUGAAAAUGCAGAAGAGUUCUCAAUGGUGAGUCAAGAUUCUGAGGAAAAUAACACAGAUAACCAGGAAAUUAAGGCGGAUCAACCUGUGAAGGAUGAGGAGCCUGAGACAGUCAAGAAAGAGGAUAACGAUAUGCUGGAGAAAGCAAAUAGCCCACGGCAAGAUGAAGGUGAGGGUGUUCGAAAAAGGCGUUUUCUUGAUCUAAAUGAGCUUGCCCCAGGUUCUGGCUUUGAUGAUGGUCCCAACUCGAUGAUGAAAGAUGAAGAUACCGAUGACUUCUGAAGUUACUGUCUCCACCAGAGAGGAGGGUCUUGGUGUUCACCUGGAAAAGUUGAUUGUAUGAUAUAGAUAACUCAUAGAUUACAUGGCAAGUCGACUCCAUGACGGAAGCAACAAUUAGAGGUGCUUCCUCAGGAAUUUUUAAGCAAUUGCCACCCGAAUGCAGUUAUUUAUGUAUUCCUGCUGGGAACAACAUGAUGCUGAGAAAAGUCAUGUAGAUUCAGUAGUCAAAUUUUUUUAGAACGCCUACAUUCCAGAAAACGAAUAGGAUGUGGAUGAGAAGCUUGUCGCAAGUUCUGUACUAUUUCUUAUCCAGUCUGUACAAUAACUUUUCGAACUAAUAUUUGUAAUGGAAGAGUUUGGCAUUUAGGUAGGAUAGCCUGUUUCCAUUA